CACCCUCCCCCCCCCGCCCCCUCCCACACGGCCAGGCCCCACCCGGGCGCCCCUCUUCCCCAUUCUGACCCUUCCUCUCCAUCACCUUCCGGGACUGGGGAAGGUGCCACCGUCAGAAUUUUGCAAGCCUCACUAGAUCUGGCAGCACUGCUGGCUUCCGCCGCAGCCACCACAGCCACAGCCACCGCCGCCAGCAGCGCCUCCCUCUGCCCCGGGGCACACCCUGACCGUGCGUUCCCCAUGGCGCCCUCCAUGCAGCUGCCUGGCCGGGCCUGCUGGACGCUGCUGCUUCUCUGCUGUCUGUUGCCCCCAGGUACCCUGGGGCAGGGCUUCAUGCUGCAGGCGCAGCCCCAAGAGCUGGUGCUGGCCGCCGGUGGGUCCGUCCUGGUCAACUGCACCACCAACUGCCCCAAUGCCAGCCACAUCACCCUGGAGACGUCCUUCUCCAAGCGGCAGGCUGGCCAGGGCCCCGGCUGGACGGCCUUCUGGCUGGACAAGGUCACCAGCAACAACCUCAUCUUCUGUUCCGGGUUCUGCAACGGCUCUCAGAUGACCAGCACCUCCAGAGUCACAGUGUACCGGCUCCCACAGCGCGUGGAGCUGGCACCGCUGCCCGCCUGGCAGCCCGUGGGAGAGGACUUCACUCUGAGCUGCCGGGUGCAGGGUGGGGAGCCCCGGGCGCGGCUCUCGGUGGUGCUGCUGCGCGGGCAGGAGGAGCUGAGGCGGCAGCCAGCGCCCCUGGGGGAGCCCGCGGAGGUCAUGGCCACCGUGCAGGCGGGCAGAGAGGACCACGGUGCCAACUUCACGUGCGUCACAGAGCUGGACCUGCAGCCGCAGGGCGUGGGGAUGUUCAGGAACGCCUCGGAGCCCAGGCAGCUGCGAACUUUCGUCCUGCCCGAGACUCCCCCGACCCUCCAGGCCAGCCGGCUCUGGGAGGCGGGAACCUCGGUCCCGGUGGUCUGCACCCUGCCUGGGGUGUUCCCGGCCGAGGAGGCCCAGAUCCACCUGCAGCUGGGCGACCGCGCGCUGAGUCCUCACGUGACCACGGAAGGGGACGUGCUGUCCGCCCAGGCCACGGGCACGGUGCGCUCGGUUCCGGAGGGCGCCCUGCAGCUGGCCUGCAUCGUGACCCUGGGGGGCCAGAGCCGCCAGGCCCGGCUGGAGCUGACGGUGUUCAGCUUCCUGGGGCCGGUCCUGAACCUGAGCGAGUCCAACGCCACCGAGGGCUCCGUGGUGACCGUGACCUGCAGCGCGGGGGCUCGAGUCCACCUCCUGCUGGAAGGGGUUCCUGCCGAGGCCCCGGGGCAGCCCGUGCACCUCGAGCUCAAUGCCACUGACCGCGACGACGGGCGUGACUUCUGGUGUCACGCCAGCCUCGAGGUGGACGGGGUCCUCCUGUACCGCAACAGCAGCGUCCGGCUGCGUGUCCUGUAUGGCCCCAGGAUUGACCGAGCCACAUGUCCGCAGCACCUGGUGUGGAAGGAGAGGACGAUGCAUGUCCUGCCUUGCCAGGCUCGGGGCAACCCGGUCCCUCAGCUGCAGUGUCUGCAGGAACACUCCAGGCGCCAGGUGCCCGUGGGCACCCCGUUCCUCGUCAGGCUAAACCACAGUGGCACCUAUCAGUGCCAGGCGGUCAGCCCGCGGGGCAUGCACACGCUGGUCGUGGUGAUGGAUGUGCAGGGUCUGAACUCGGCAAACAUCAUCAUCAUCAUGAGCGUGCUGGUGACCCUCGGCCUGCUCACUAUCCUGGCGGCCUCCCUGUGUGUCUUCGGGGUGCAGAAACGGAGCGGCCGCUAUGAGGUGCAGCGGCCCUGGCCCCGGCAGCCCUGGUUGCCCCUGCAGCCCCAGGAGCCCCUGCAGCCCCCCGAGCCCCUGCAGCCCCAGGAGCCCCUGCAGCCCCCCGAGCCCCUGCAGCCCCCCGAGCCCCUGCAGCCCCCCGAGCCCCUGCAGCCCGAGGAAGCCUCGGCAGAAGUGCAGGCGCCUUGAGCUGCCAGGACCACCGAGGACUCUGGAGCUAAGUCGGAGGCAGGGCCCUGAGGCCUCCCUGAAGACCCCCCGGGUGCCGUCCCAAUAAAACUUCCUAACUCCAGUCGGGAACCCGG